GUUCUUUUGGAUCGUUCUCUCUGUUUCUCUCAUUUUUGAAAGAGACGGAUGGACAGAAAGAAACGGGUUCUCUCCUGGAAAUAGAGAGUCUUUAAAAGGGUGAAGGAGCGAAUGUUGCGUGAAAAGCGUCGCGAAAGGCAUUGCGUUUCGUUCAUCGAUUUUCGAAACUAUAUCGACAAAUUUGCGAAUUACGUCGAGAAAAGAAAAAGUAGUUAAAUCGUCACGAUGGUUUCGCUUUGAAAAAUUGAAAGAAUAUCUUCCGUACGUUUGUCGCGAAUAACAAGCAGCGAUGAAGGAUAAUUAAUUUAUGUUCUCGCAAGAGUAACGAACCGACGAGUGUGUUCGAACGACGACGUGUGUGCGUGAGAGAGAGAGAGAGAGAGAGAGAGAGAGAGAGAGGGAAAAGUACUUCGAUCCCAAUAGGAAUAAAGUAUUAAAAGGAUCGUUGCGAGCGAAAGUUUACCUUAGGAACGAAUCGUCAAUUUUACGAUCAGUUCGUCGACGGCCUUCGUGAGAAUAAAAUGGAAGCUGAUUUAAAAGUACGAAACAAGAACGAGUACUUACUUAAUCAAGCACUUGCCCGUUUAAAAUUAAUUUGCUUUUUUAUAGAUCGUUGUUCUGUUUCGUUUUCCUUUAAUCGCACGAUGGAAUCUUUUCUUUUCGUUUUGUUCACUCGAGUGGUUUUAUCGUGAUGUAUUAUUCGAUUUCAGCCGGUCGAUCUAUCCGAUAGUAUCAAAGUGUUUACGUGGAACAGGAGAUGCCUUAGUAUCGUGGGAAUAUGGCCUUUGAAGGUUUACGACCCGAUAUUCCUUUUUUCCUUCGUAUAUCUGGCAGUUCAUUGUGUCUUCGGAAUCCUCGAUUUAACCAAUUACUCGAAGAACUUUGAUCUUAUCGUAGUAAACAUUACGGAAAACAUGGUCAUGCUAAACGCUCUCAUAAAAAUGUCUAUCUGUAGAUUUCACAGAGAUUCGUUGGCGCAAUUUUUGAUAAAGAUACGAAAGGAUUUUAAGGUCGAAAGUUACAAGAGCCGAGAAGAAAUUUUGACGUUUUUCGGUUACAAUAGACUGUCUUAUCUGUUCAGUGUAAUAUCUCUAUCUUUUAUGAGUUUCAUCUCGAUAAUAUAUUUCUUGCGAUCAUUGGUAGCGAACGUGCAAAUGGGUAAUUAUAUUUAAAUGGUCGAAGGCUAUCAUCGUGACGAUGCGGAAAAGAAGGACUAUCGGUCUUCUUGUUACAGUUAUGGAUAAUUCGUCUUUUGGUUAUCAGCUGCCUUAUAAGACACGACCUCUCGUAGAAAUUAAUGACGCUACGACCUAUGGCCUUCAUUGUUUGUAUCAAGUUAUCGUUUUACCGCUGAUUACGUUCGGUUCCGUUGGUUACGAUUCCUUCUUCAUCACUUUGUCUCUUCACGUUAUCGCACAAUUGUCCGUAUUGAAAUACAGAGUUAGAUUAGCUCUGGAAGAUCCAAAUGGUUGCCGAUGCGGGAUAAAAAAAUUGAUUAACAAGCAUUAUCAACUAAUAGGGUAUAUCAUCUUGAGCACGUUGUUCGCCUAUUGUUAUACCGGCGAAUGUCUUAUCCAGGAAAGUACGGAUUUUGCCGUGGCGUUUUACGAGUACGAAUGGUACGACGUAUCGCCGAUGGAUUUGAAGAUGGUCUUAAUUUGUAUGAUAGGAGCAAGUAAACCGUUGCAACUGACCUCUGGAAAGUUUUUCGUCCUAUCGUUAUGUACAUUUAGCGACGUAAGGAUUUCUCCGAUCGCGUAACGCACAGCACAUUUUUCUUACGACUUAAACUACUUUUCACUUUUAGAUAUUGAAAACUUCAAUGGGAUACCUGUCGGUGUUACGAACGUUGUUAUAAUCAACAGAAAUGAUCGAACGCGCGCCGACAAAUGCUCCCAUCAUUCGUCUCAUUUCUGUGAAACUAUAAUGUCGAAGUAUUCAUCGCGACGUUUACGCGAUACGUCUUCAAUAGAAAUGUUCUUUAGAUACUUACGUUGUUGUUCCUAUUUCUUUUUUUUUUUUUUCAUAUUACGAAUUUUUAUUCCGUAGUUGUUAAUGAAAGAACUCUGAAUUUUUUCAAGAAAAUUGCUCCGAUUCUUCGGAGACUGUUUCGCUGACAAAGUUUUUUCUUUCGACGAAAUAGAAAAAACGUAGAAAGAAAUGCUUCGUAAAAAGAGAAAUAUCGUAUACGUUCACGGUUAGAAAAGUUUCCUUCCUUCGUAUUUUAUCUCCUUCUUUUUCUCCUUCUCCGAGUGAACUAUUCAUAGAUUCGGUUAUAACUCCGAAAGAGCGAAUUUUAAGACUAAACUAUAAGUAAUGAGAAAGUGCUUGUAAUUGUAGAGUUUCGAAACUCUCCUAGACGCAACCGCGUCUUUUUGUUAAAGAAAGAAACGAAGAACGACUUGAUGGAGUUAAAUUGCACGGUCAAGAGACCGUGCAAGACAAAAAGAAAAAAGAGAAGAAGAAGAAGAAAAGAAAAAAGGUAAAUUGUUGUUAAGAGGUAGGUAACUCUAUCAUUCAUGUAUCGUUCCAUGCUUGUAAUCGAGGCUCCUCCUCCUCCUCCUCCUCCUCUUUGGAGCAGACCUAUCAAUUUUUGUUUACGAGAGACUUUUAAGAGACUCGUUUUUUUCCUUCCAACGUUUACGUCUAUGGAGGAUCGACGAUUUGAGGGCCAGUCUCUCGACAACUUUUGUGCGAAUCAAAUGGAAAAGGGUGGGAAAGUACGAGCGGUACGAUAUAAUGUAUUCUAAUUAAUUUCGUUUUGAAGACGAACCGACUCUUUUUUUUUCCUUCAAGUGAAAUUUCAUGAAAGAUCGUUGUUGUCGUUCCAGGCACGUCUUGGCUCGUUCUACGCUAUCAAAGUGUUAACAUGGAACGAACGAUUGCUUUGCAUUUUGGGUAUUUGGCCGUUGCAAGUGCGCGACUCGAUAUUUUUGUCGUACUUUAUCUACGGAUGUCUAAUGCAGUUCAUGGGUUUUCUCAGUCUCCUCGAUAAUUUGUCGGAUUUCGAUUACUUUUUGACGAG